UUUUUGACAUUAAGUGAAAUGAAAUAAUUGUGACUCGUUGUUAUUCUAGUGUAAAAUAUUUGUAAAUUAUCAUUUGAAUAAGGAACAAAUUAAGUGAAAUUUUAAUUUUCUUGUGUAUGUGAUAAAUGUUCUAAAACAAUGCCGCUAAAUGUGCAAGACGUCGCUAAACGGUAUCCAAUUCAUUGGCUGGUUUGGAAUAACGAGCAUGAAGAACUCAAAAACUCCUUGGAAGCUAAUAAGUUUACGAAAGAAGAUAUCGAGUUGCGAGACCCGCGCGGGCGCACGCCAUUACUGUUGGCGGUGACACUAGGACACAUCGAGGCUACGGAGGCGCUCAUCAAUGCCGGCGCUGAUGUUAACUGCGAGAAAGACGGAUGGACUGCCGUGCAGGAGGCGACGGCGCGGGGUGACGCGGCGCUGCUAUCACUGGUGCUGUCGCGCCGUGACCGGCAGCGGCAGGCGGCGCGCGCGGCCGGCGUGCCCGACCUGCUGCGUCGGCUCAGCCUCGCACCCGACUUCUACGUUGAGAUGAAGUGGGAGUUCACCAGCUGGGUGCCUUUAGUGUCCCGUUACUGUCCCUUCGAUACGUAUAAGGUGUACAAGCGCGGUGGCAACGUGCGCGUUGACACCACGCUCGCCGGCUUCGAUGACACCAAUUGGCAGCGCGGGGAGCGGUCCUAUAUAUUCCGAGGACAGGGUAAUCGUGCGAGCCUGGUUGAGCUGGACCACACGCUGGGUACGGCGUGGUGCGAGCAGCUGGACGCCCACGAGCCCGCAGCGCACCACUCGCCGCCGCGCCGUGCUCUGCUGCAGCGUCUCGCCGCACCACUCGCACUCAACUACCUCGACACAGACAAGAUCAGCUUCGAGAGGAACAAAAGUGGCAUCUGGGGUUGGAGACAGGACAAGACUGAGACGGUGAACGGUUACGAGUGCAAAGUGUUCAGCGCCAACAACGUGGAGCUGGUGUCGAAGACGCGCAGCGAGCACGUGCCCCGCGGAGAGCGCGCCCGAGCCACCCCCCGCGCACCCCUCGCCGGCCUGCUCGCGCUCGCCGACAGGGAGGGUGCUUCGCCCCUGCUCACACCCGAACAGGUAGAUGAAGAGCCUCAUACGAGUAGAUCCUCAGAAGACGUGAAGCCGGUGACAUGGUGCGAGUACUUCAGCGAGAUGCCGCUGGAGAGGGACAUCGGCAGGCCCAAGGAGAUGACCACCAAGGUGCAGAAGUUCAAGGCCACGCUCUGGCUCUGUGAGGACUACCCCCUUGAAUUGCAAGAACAAAUAAUGCCGAUUCUUGAUCUAAUGACGGCGAUAUCAUCUCCGCACUUCGCUAAAUUGAAAGAUUUUAUACAAAUGCAACUGCCAGCGGGUUUCCCUGUUAAAAUUGAGAUCCCACUCUUCCACGUGGUGAAUGCUCGGAUAACAUUCGGGAAUAUAUUCGCGACGGAGUCCCCUGUACCGAACAUCGAGUGUAUACAGGAAGGGGAGAGAUUGUCGUGUAUAGUGGACGACGCUUGCUUUGAGAUAGGGCGAGGGUACAGAGACGCGGCGGCCUCUGAUGACAGGAUGUCAAAUGGCACCGACGAUGAUGAAGGUCUGCUCCAAUACGCGAUACAGCAGAGUCUCAUGGAGGCUGGCACACAUGAUGAUCAGGUGGAUGUGUGGGAGGCGCUGCGCGGUGCGCGGCCCUCCUCCCCCGCGCCGCCCCGCGCUCUCCUCGCAGCUGAAGAAAGACAACUGCAAAGAGCGAUAGAGGCGUCUCUGUCGCUGUUGAGUCCGGAGGAGCGCGCGGAGGCGGACGAGAUGUUGGCCGCGGCGCUGGAGGCGGAGGUGGAGGUGGGGGAGGGCGGGGAGGUGGAGGUGGAUGCGGAGGCGGAGCUGCGCGCCGCACUGGAGCUGUCAGCACGCGAGCACGCCGAGCUGGACCGGCGGAGGCAGGAUGAGGAGCGCGCGCUAGAUGAAGUGCUGCGUCUCUCACUCAUUGAUAAGUAGCGAAGUGACAUUCUACAGGUUUCAUCACAAAGUAAACGCGUCCACAAGUUUGACUUCGCCUUACAACUGCGCUGCAAUGUUGCAGACAAAUUUAGUUCUUAUUUAAAAGGCAAUUAGAUUUAUUUCACCUUGUCUGUGACAAUACGCGGUAAAUGCGAACACGAUAGUGAAUUUUAUAUAAUUACAAGCCUUUUUUGAACCCUUAAACAUUUUGACCUUCCAUUAUGCUGUUUUUUAGUUUGACAUAAUAACAACAGAGGGCGUUGUCAGCCGAUGAUCUAGGCUAGAUCUAGGGGGGCGUAAGUAAGAAAAAUUUCCAAAGGUAAUACUUAUUAGUUAGGGAAUGAAAAAAAGUGGUAAGUAGUUUUUUAGUUAUGUAGUCUAGAGAGGGGAGGGGCUAAGGGCUGAUAUACAACACAAGGGGCAAUUUAUUACGUAAGGGUGAAUUAAGCGAAUUCAAAACAUCUUAUUCUUACCUAAGAUUGUUUCGAGUUUUGCUAUUUUUUUUAUUUUACACCCCCCUUACUAACAUUUUCUUUAACGGCUCCCCCUAGAAAGCCUUAUGUCACCAAUGAAUAGCCUCAAAAGUACCAUAUAUCGAAAAAAAUUAACAAACAAUUGUUAGAAAAAUAAAUAAUUAAAAUAUUGUGAUAUACUUACGUUAGUAUAUUACAUCUGUAUGUAUGUAUGUAUGGAUGUAUGUAUAUAGGGUUCAAAUAAGGCUUAUAUGAAUAGGUAAUUUGAAAUGUUAUGUUCAUUUCAGUGAUAUCAGUUGAAUUUGUGAUUAUAUUUGGAGGUUAUGUCAAUUUUGAUGGAAAGUUGUUACGAGU